AUGCUUUCAAACUAUGUCAGUGCGCUGGCGCUGUCGUUCAUCUCGUUUCAGGCUGGCCAAGAGAUUUAUCUCCCAGAGCUUCGACCACAGCUGAAAGCGAUCUUCAUUCUGCUGUCCGCGCUGUACGUGACCGCGAUGGUCAUCCUAACGUCGGUGCAUUUACUCGUUGAGAGCGCCUUCUUCUACGAUGACCUGGCGCUGAGCUGUCAGUUGGGCAUUGCGCUCAUGUUCGGCUCUAUCUCCGUUCUGGGCUCCCCUGCCACUGUCAUGGCCAUCAAGAUUGAACUCAACAGUGUGGGUCCAUUCACGAGUCUGAUGCUUGGAGCGACGAUGACGGCCGAGUUUGUAGUGCUCCUGUCGUUCUCGAUUUCUCGCAUUGUGUGCUCCAUCUACUGCGCCGAGUUGGACGUAUCGAUGGGCAACCUCAUGUUCACACUGAGUAUUGUCAUGUCCAACGUGCUGCUGGGCGUGAUUCUGGCGGGUGUGACGUUCCUGAUCUUCCAAAUCCCCGGAGGAGAACACCAUGACCACGGUCACACAAAUGGCCAUGAAAAUUCUAGUACCGACAGCCCAAGCGCGUCAGCUUACUAUAACCAGAAGACAGACGUGAAAGCUGCUUCUGUGGACAUGGACAGCGCGCCGCACCCUCACAACACUUACGCCGAAGACGUCGAGUCUGCUACGACUGCUUCCUCCUUUUUAACGCCACAGACCUCACUCUGCUUGAAAGGCUUCAUCUGGCUGACGAUGGGGUACAUGUUUUACCUCUCGACAACGACCAUCGCUCAAGCCACCAUCGCAGCUUUCAGCUUGUCGUGGGAGGUCAAGUUCGAGCCACUGCUGGUGCUUAUGAUUGCUGCGUGUAUCGCAGGUCACCACACAGGUAUCCGCCACGACAUGCACGUGAUCCUUGACACAGCAGCCCCAUACAUGUUCCUGCCGUUCUUCGUCAUGACCGGGGCGGCACUGAAGUUGGACCAGGUAGUCCACGCCAUUCCACUUAUGACAGUGUAUGUGUUGCUGCGGUAUAUCGCAAUCUUCAUCGCUUGCUACGUCGGUGGUCGAUUCUUGCUCAAGUUGACGCCACGGCAGUACAACAAUCUGUGGCUUACAAUGACGCCUCAGGCUGGUGUUGCUCUGGGUUUGGCCAAUGAAGUGAAGGCCAUGAGUGACGAUACGUGGGCCGCGGACUUCGCAGCGACGAUCGUGGCCGCCGUGGUGGUGAACCAGAUCGUAGGUCCCGUGUUGUGUUCAAUGGGCUUGGCUCGCGCAGCCCCACUGCCGUUCUACAAGGUGCAAAACGCCGUUGUCAUUGGUGACGACGAAGUGGCUUUCGAAGUCGCACUGGAACUGUCGCUCUACGGCGCGCAGGUCAACGUGCCUCUCCUGGAUCAGGAACGCGCCAGUAAAUGGCAGAAGAUGAACGACACCAUCUUGAAGAGAACUGCCAAGGGAGAACUCAUCUCGUACAAGAACACACUCAAAGACCGUGACAAUGCACAGACGAUGUCGUCGGCUGAUGUUCUCGUCUUCACGGGCGAUGCUAACCGUACACGCGAGAACAUCAAAAUGUUGAAGUCCUUACUGGGCGAAUCACACCCUCGGAUGAUCGCAUUGGUACCAGACUGCAAGUUCAGUAAGGAGAUGAAGGCGCAAGGAAUCUUGGUGAUCCAGCCGUCGAUUGCUUUGGCCAACAUCGCAACGCGUAUGGCUCUGCUGGACGAGAAGUCGGCAGAGGCGUUAUCGAACGAGAUCAGUACGACGAAUGACUUCAGUACUGCGACGCGCGUCGUUUGGCCUUGGGUCGCAGUGUAG